ACGCCCUCCCUCGACCAGGACACGCACCAGACCACCUUCCAGCGCGUGGAUUAUACCUUGUAUAUACACCUUCGGGUCCCCCUCCACAACAGCCCUGGAUUACUUCAUCAAGACGGAUUCCCCAACACCUUCUAUAUCAGAGAUGAGUGGGGGCAGCAAGAGCGCCAGCUUCCACCGCGUCAAGACCUUCGAGCUUCCGAGACUGGAAAUGGACCGACAGUUCUCGGACGUGCGUCUCCUGGCGGAGGGCUGGUACGCCAAGGUCUACUCCGCCAAACACCACGAAACCGACAACCAGGUCGUCCUCAAGUGCGUCCAGAAGGAGACAACGAAGAAGAAGGAUUUCUUUCGCGAGUUCCACUACAACUAUUACCUCAGUCCGCACCCCAAUAUUGUUAAUAGUUUUGACGUGGCGUUUGAUACCAACAGUUCAUUCGUGUUCGCCCAGGAGUUGGCGCCUAAUGGCGACUUGGCGCAGUUUGUGAGGAAAGGUGGAAUCGGGGAGACGCGAGCGAAGCGCGUGGCUGAACAGAUUGCCUUCGCCCUGGAGUUUGUUCACAGUAAGGAUCUAGUUCAUCGUGACAUUCGGCUAGAAAAUAUCUUUGUCUUCGACCGGGAGCUGUCUCGAGUGAAGCUGGGUGACUUUGGAAACACACAGCGUGCAGGAGUCUUGGUGAAAAAAGUCAAUGUGCGAGUCCCCUGGGCCCCGCCCGAAGUGUGUCAAGCGGUCUACAAUGAAGGUUACCAUGUGGAAACCUCCCUGGACGCCUGGCAGCUUGGCAUCCUCAUCUUCGUCUGCCUGACGGGGUCAUAUCCCUGGUACUCGGCCGACAUCACCGACCGCCACUACAACUCGUGGGUGGCCUGGCUCAAGCGCAAGACCACUAAGAUACCGCGUCGUUUCAAAUGCUUCACUCCUCGUCUUCUUCGCCUCCUGAGACGCCUGCUGGAGCCCAAACCUGAGAAGCGUGCGGGUGUGAGAGAGGCUUACAAGUACCUCUCUGACGCCUGGCUCGUGAAGGGCAUGGACCCGCUGGAUAUAGCUUUCGACGAGAGCUCAUCUGAAAUCUUUGUCACCAGCACCAAGCCUCUGUACGAGUGCGCGGAGAAGAAGAAACUGGUCGAGCUCCUGAGAUCUUACGGCAUCCAGACGACCGUCGACAAAAAGGAGACAACCAAACGUAUCUGCGAAUGGCUGCUGACAUCAGCGUCCCCUAUCCAACGAGGGAUGUAACCCAGAGCGGGGAUGACCAUCCUCUCUGUGACAUUAUGUUUCGUGGCUACUGAUCUGUGGCUGUCUUGACCUGAACUAUUGACCCCAAGCUGCUACUCUGUGGCACUGUGACCUGUGCCGUUGACAACGGAUGCUGAUCUGUAGUUCUCUAACCUGGAACCUGGCCCCGGGCUGCAGAACAGACACUUGUUCAAUAUGGUGUGCCUACUUAUUCUUGUGCUAGCCAGUGUACAGGCCCACACUAGAGCAAUGUAGCCGUGAGUCAAAGCACGUCAGUGAUCCAGGCUGGUCAUUUACAACCACGGGGCCCUAGCCUGCGGACUCACAUCUGACUGACUCAGGAUCUUGGCAAACACCCGAUCGUGUGACAUGCAUAGUGUAUAUGUGUGUGUGUGUGUCUUGUUAUAAAAAAAUACGUCUUUUUAUGAAAAAGAUACCAGAGACUCGUCUUGGUAAAGUUUGACUCUAGCGUCAGAUCCAUGUGUGUGUGUGUGUGUGAGUGUGUGAGUGUGUGUAUGUGUGUGUGUGUGUGUGCGCACUGAGGCCGUGAUGGGUGCCUGCGGCUGACGUUACCGUGCCAAAGACGGCGUGUGUUGUGCCCCAAGCCACCACAAUAACGCCAUCUCAACUGUGAUAAACCGCAUACCUGGAAAACCUGUAUUAGUGGAGUGCUCACCUUGUGCAUGAGAUGCGCCUAGGCCAACAAGCCUGUCAACUCAUGUCAAACUCAUGUCAAACUCCCACAUAUCAAACGCAAUGUUAAUUUUGAUAUGAAAUAGACGCUCAGAGAUAUACCCCAUAUUUUUCCAGGUAAUGCAUGCGUGUCCUUUGUAUCAAAGGAAAUAGAUUAUAACAUAGCGUGUAUUUUGCUAGGUACUUAAGUAUCUUGAAAGUACUUUGUGUACAUUAUUUUUCAAGCUUGUUACGGCUGCUAGACUAGUCUUCCAAGAUAGAGAAAAAAGCUUCGUUAGCGACCUGCAGCAAGAAUGUGAGACAUUCCUAGACACUAGAGUACUACCAUGGUACUCAUACACUCACACUGUGAGUCCCUCAGCCAGACCCACUCAUGUACUCAGGAACGCAUCAACAUCCACACAUACGUAAGGGAACUCAUCAACAUACAAAAGCACACAUCUUCCACCUACAUAUGCGUUCAGUCACAUCCAUUCAGCAAUCAUAAACAUCCAUGCCCCAAUUUCCCAUCAAUGCCCAGACCACUUUUCCCUGUGAAUAAAUACUCAUCAAGUCAUAUACUCAUCAUGCAUACUCACCAUAUACACCCACCAAAUUUGUUUAUACAAUGUGAUCUCCAUUGACUCUUCCAUCAGUUGUGAACCUGGUACAGUUUUUCCUUUACCCAACACUGUGUGUUCCUACCUCAUUCUCAAUCUCACUCACACACACACACACACACACACACACACACACACACACACACACACACACACACACACACACACACAAACACACAACGCAAACACACAACACAAACACACAACACAAACACACAUCACAAACACACAACACAAACACACACAGAGGUAUCCAACCACACCAAACAAGCCACCCUGAACAGGACCUGAUCUCAGCAGCUACACCUGGCCACCUACACCUGGCUACACCCAUACACCUAACCCGACGACCAAACGCACACAACCUAACCACAACGUAUUUAACGCUGUCCCAGUGUUUUAAAAACGUUUUGGCGAAAUUUAUGUGACGUAUACCCGCCUGCUCUUAAUUUUGGUCAACAGGGGUAGCUGAAGAAUUCUGAUCUCGACGCAAGAGCUUGUGUGUGUGUGUGUGUGUGUGUGUGUGUGUGUGUGUGUGUGUGUGUGUGUGUGUGUGUGUGUGUGUGUGUGUGUGUGAGUGUUGUGUGUGUGUGUGUGUGUGUGUGUGUGUGUUGUGUGUGUGUGUGUGUGUGCUUAGAGAGAAGUAACCUUGUUUUGAUUUCGUACGUCAAGUUAAUCCCAGCAUCGGGCGACAGUAUUUUUCCCCGUAUAUUUUAUAUAUUCUUAUUUAUUGAUAAAUACAAAAAUAUCGAAAUAAAUAAAAUGAAUAAUA